AUGUCAGAUCAAAUAAUAGAGAAUCUUGAAUUCAGUGGAUUCAAAGUCAUCAACUUUCAACAACUACUACCAAGUGUUAGUGAUGCACAUCUACAAGAUACCAACAACAAUCCUUCAUCCUCUACGACAACAACAACAAGUUCUAUUCAUGAACAGACAUUAACUAUAACAAUGCAUGCAGCUGUUGAUCAACCAUUGUGUGUGACUGAUGCAUUGUUACAAUUGUCAGUGUCAACGAACAAUACCAGUAAUGAAGCAGAAACAGACCACUAUAUUAAUGAGUUGAUGACUGGAGUAGUAAGAGAACAAGAUCAAGAGGAACAACAACAACAACAAGAAGAAUCACCAGAUGCAAUCAAUAUAUUGAAACAAUCAGAUCACGACCCCUAUUUCAAUAAUGUCCUUCUUCUUCAGACCAACAACGUCCAUCCUUUACCUCAACAACAAUACCCAACCAUUAGUAAAUUUGAAACAGAUUACCAUUCAUUCAAGAUUGGGUCAGGUGGCCAAGGAACAGUGUACCAGGCAACAUACAUUGUUGACGACGGUAUAUAUGCAAUUAAAAAAUGUGAUAAAUCCAACAUCGAGUCAAUGCAAGAUGAAUGUAGGAUUAUGGCUAGAUUAAAUGACAAUCCUCACAUUAUAAAAUACUUUUAUUCAUGGAUUGAAACUAUUUAUAAUCCAUCAUCAACAACAACAACAACAAUCAUUAAUAAUAAUAAUUAUAAUAAUAAUAUUAAUAUGCAUAGUAAUAAUAAUAUGUAUAAUAAUAUGUAUAGUAAUCGUUCAUCACCAUCAUCACCAUCAUCAACUUAUUCAUCUUCAUCAACUAUUUCUGUAGUAUCAAAUAAUAAUAGUAAUAAUAAUAAUAAUGAUACAUCACUCACUAGUCAAAGAUAUGCUUCUAUUGGGUAUGCACCAACCUUACCACAAACUUCUACCAUUGACCAAAAUAUGUAUAUUAAUAAUAAUAUGAAUCAAGUAUUAUAUAUUCAAAUGGAAUUGGCUAAAAAGACAUUAAGAAGUUGGAUGAACAAACAUGUCGCAACACAAGCACUAUUAAAGAUUGGUGAUUUUGGUUUGACAACUACUAUCGACGAAUGUCAAACCAAACAAAACAAACAAGGUCUUGGUACAAAUCUAUAUGCCAGUCCUGAACAAAUGCGAGGUGGACAGUACGACGAAACGACCGAUGUGUACAGUGUGGCUAUCAUCUAUUACGAAUUGAUAUCCAAUUGGGAGUCUAGUCAGGACCGAUACCAACGUUUAACCAAUCCAAACAUUUACAAUGACAUUACCAUUCGCCAUUCUCAUCCAUUAGAGGUUGCAUUGAUCGCACCUCUACUCGAGAGAGAAAAUAGACCUAAAGCAUAUCAAAUCCUACAAUAUGAUUUUUUCAAAAAUAAUAAUUAUAAACCAAAUUCCUAA